CCCGCGCGUAAAUGGAAAGCUUUUACGCACCGCUCGUAUUCACUUUAAAGGAUGUUUAAUCGCUGAUUUUUUCUUUUAUUUUUUAUUUUUUUGCCUGCACCAUACCUCGCCUGGUAGUUAAGUGGGACUUCAUCUCUGGUGAUGUGAGGGAUGGAUGCGGUAAUACCUCACAGAGCUGACACCAGAGGGUGGGGGGUAAAAAGCGAGGCGUGCGUGACUGGCAACUAAACGCCAGAGGGACAGAGACAUCAAUAACAUCGCGUUCAUCAAUAAGGAAUCUGGAUGGAGUUAGACUGCUUAAUUAAAUAGGCUGCUCUCUGAAUUUGUAUACUUUAAUCUGAUGACCCCCAAAGGAGAACAUCCGAGGGAAGACUCUUCAGCACCUCCAUCAGCGGGACAACUUAGACUCCAACCGCUCAGCGAUGGCUAUCAACACUGAUGCAGCCUUCGAGAAGAGUGGCCUGGGUGAGAGGGAAGUCUCCAACCCUACCGACUUCCAGGACACCGAGAAGCUGCUGAGCAAAGCCCCCACCGAGCCCACCGGGGAGAGCAACCUUAAACCAUCCGACUCCUUUUCUCUGAACACCAGAGGCAGCGUCCGCUCCCUGAACGCGGAGCAAAACGGACACAGAUCCCCGCUAAAGUCAGGCUCUUUCGGGCAGCUGACGGCCCCACCCAGGUCUACUUCCAGGCUCAGCCUGGGUCAGCUCUCCUCCCCGGUGCCACAGGGCUCCACGCCCCCGAGUUACCUCUGGCUGGCCAUCCUGUCCUGCUUCUGCCCCGCGGUGCCGCUCAACAUCUGUGCCUUGUGGUAUGCAAGUGUGUCGAGGUCAGUUCUCCACACUGGAGACAUUGAAGGAGCAAGAAAGUAUGGGCGUUUAUCCAUGCUGCUCAGCGCUCUGGCAAUGCUGCUGGGUGUGGCUGUAAUCCUCUUCAUAGUGUUUAACUUUGAGACCCAAAAAAACUGAAUCCAGGCGAAUGGAAAGAGCUUCCUUUAACUACACCAGAUCCCACAUUUGCACAAAGGAAAGAGGAUCUCAGAUUGAUGAAGACUGAAGAAUCACAAGCACAACAUAGGAGCUGGAAAAAAAGUCUGAAGGAAUUCCAAUGUGCACUUUUUUUUUCUUUUGAUUUUCUGCUAUGGACCAAAAAUGAAAAGAGUAUGAAGAAAACAUGGUUUACGUCAUGUAUCCUUUUCAGGAAACAGUCCUGCUUGAUAAUCCCACAAACUCAGGAAUAAAGGGAUAUGUUAAGAAAGGGCAAACCCUUCCAGAUACAAAACUAGUGGGACUUUGAGGUAAAUAAGAGCUAAGGUAGGGAUGUAAGGACUACCAUAAAAAAAAAGUGUGAAAUGGAGAUUGAAGCGAUAGAAAGAAAAAGACAGAAUGCAACACCUGCCUGCUCUGUUUUACAAAGACUGACUGAACUUAUAUGGCUGAGGGGGAAAAAAAAUAUCUGUUUACAAUAAGUUUAAAAUGGAGAUGCACCGAUCAGGAUUAUAUAUAUAUAUAUAUAUAUAUAUAUUUUUGGCUAUUAUGAUUUCCCAGUGUCCUUUGGGGUCUAAUCGCCUGAUACUAGUCUUUGUGCUGCACUUGUUUUGGAUUUGACCCUUUUAUUUACUAUAAACGUCCUAAAAUGAAUCACAUGCUGUUGAUUUGGUGCAUUUACAGCCUUUUCUCCUUGGAUAUACUAUUAUUUUUUAAGUACUCAUAAUCCAUGGGAGAAGGAUAUACUCAUCUGAUUAGAUAUGCAAAAAAAAAUGAUUGACAUUUUAAUGAAGGAGGAGACCUAUAGAUCUGAAUUUAUUUUUAAAGGAAUACUAUGGUUUGUUUUGGGGGGUAUUGCUGUUGUUUUUUUUUUUUUCAAUUUAAUAGUCCAAAAAAAGAAAGAUUUAGUGCUCUAUUUAGCAAAGUUUAACAAACAGCUGCUCCAAAGUGUGCCUUGAGUAAUUGUGAGAAGGUUAAAAAUUAUAAUCAAAAAGCAUUAUUAACCAAAUAUAAGUUAAGAUUGUAAUUUCAGUGAAAAACUUCUUCAAAUGACUCCCCGCGCAGCUGUCUGGGCAGGUUGGAAGCAUUGAUUUGAACUGAAGGGGCCACAAAAUCAUUCAGACGGCUGCCAAUGACCCCAGGGGCCUUGCUUUGGACACUCCUGGUUAAACAUGUGAAAACUUUCCCGUAUUUGAUCCGCUCAUCACGAGAAGAAAAAAAAGUCUGAUUCAGAUGUAUAGCUGAUUGUUGGGGUGCAUCUCUAGUUUAAAGCACAUUUAUCAACCUCUCUGCUCUUAUGGUGUGAUGCUCUGCUUUUGCGUGCUAACUUGAUCAAUUGUACCAAUUCCUGGUUGGCUUCCACUUAGCUGUGUAGAUGUUUACAAUACACGAUAAACAAUGAAACAGGGCGUUUCCCUUUAUAUGCACUGAUGUCGGCACUCUGAUGUUCAUGUUUAUACAUUCAUACUGUAUGACUGGUUUUUCUGUGCCAUAGUUUUUGCAUGGCUGAAAUAAACUUGACUGAGCAUGACCCA